CGAUCCCAAAGGUAGGAGGACUCGAGUCGUGGUCGAGGCCAGUCCAUCGCGGGCCCUCCUCUCGACCGAACACAUACGCGCUUUACUUUCUGCCCGCUCGUUCAAAUUCCCCAUGCGUCGAACUCUCCGCCGAGCCAAGAGGCCGAGUAACCCUCCCGGUGUGGCUGGCUCCCCAAGUGGCAGGAGCUCGUAAGCCUAACGCGAUCGCGGUUGCCCGUAGCCCGUCGACGGUGGUAGUGGUCGUGCCGUGAUGAUGGUGGUGGUAGUGGUGGUGGUGGCGGCGGUUACCUUGAGCACCAAGUUGUACCGCAUACCUUGCACAGUUACCCUCUGCUCUAGUUCCCGCGCGCGACCGGUGUUGUGCACGCGACGCAUCCCGCGAUAAAUCGAUCUGCUAAAUGCUCGACGAGGGUUUUUCGCGUUUCCUUUUUAUUUUAUAUAAAAAAUCUCUUUGAGAAACUGUCUACCGUCCAAAACUCUCGGAAAGAGUCCAACGGGAGCAUUUAUUAAUCCUUGAUGGGGGCGAUGAUGUCUUCGUCCUCGUGCGGUCGGAUGAUGAAUAAUGACGCGUCGGAAAAUACGACUUUGAGUAGAAGCAGAGAUCAGUGAGGAGGACGAUGUCUCUCGCGAGUGUUGAUGGAACGCAGGGACGAUCGAUCGCCUGAAUCGGAUUGUCAGCGAAGCGAUCGUUGGACGGCGCUGAUCGAUUCGAAUAUCGAUAAAGCAAGAGCCGUCAAUGAGUAAUAUCGCCGAUAUUAUCGAAUGCGCGACACGCUCUCGGAUACCGAGCCGGGAUUGAAGAAAAAAAGGAAAACACCGGACAGGAAGUGGCGCAAAGGAGCUUCACGAGGAAUAUUCUUUGCACCGCUUUGUUCGCGACGAGGCGCUACAAGAGAGUCGACGAGGCGUAGAUUCAAAAGGACUGACACGGCAGAACAAUAAGACAACGAGACAAUAAGAAACCGGUAGCGGAGCUCUCUCUCUCUCUCCUCUCUUCAGGAGGGUGCUCUUUGAGCGCUAGAAUUCUUCGUUCGAUACGAGCAAGCCGACCGACGAAUGGAAAAGAGAAAAAUAAGUACGAAGCGAUGCGAAGCGAGCGUAUCUCUCUCUCGUGACUGUCGGACGAUCGAUCACCGGUUUUUGCGGUUUGCGCGAUCUCGCCGGCGCGAUCUCCCCAUCGUCGGAGGAGAGGAUCGUUAAGCGUCUCGCGCGGGAGUGAUACGAUGACGAUGAGCCGGCCGAUAAAUUACCUCGGCAUCGAAAUCUCUUAACGAGACGAUGACGACAAGGACUCCUCUCAUCGCGAUGAUAAUCGGUCGACAUUGUCGCGUGAGACUGUCGAAGAGGAUCGUCGUGUCUCGGCGAUAGCGUGAGUCGCGGUAUCAGCGAUCUGCAACGAUCGGCAGCUCGAAUAUAAAGCGCGUCGCGCCGAUAACGACUCGGUACUUAUCUUUUUAAUUAGUAUCUUUUUGCUAACGAGACCGAUGUUCGCGCGUCCAUUAGGAUAACCGAUUCGCCAUCUCCAUCGCGGAUAAACGCGCUUACCGGAUUAGGAUAGUCGACUUUCUAAGAUCGAGUUUCGAUCGCGCUCAUUAAGGUAAAUCGAGUGGAUCUUACUUAAAGUUACAUUCCAAUCGGGUUUACCUCGUCCAAGACGAGGAGCGCGUGCGUCGACUACGUUUCAUCGCCCGAUCGAAUUCACGGAUUUCCGCGGAUCCGAUGCGAGUCCGAUCUUAAUUAUCGCCGAUGGAGGUAUCGUCCGGUGGCACGCGAUCGAUACGCUAUUGGAAACGUGUACGAGAAACGGAUCGUUUCUACAUCCCGGCUUAGUCAUCGCAAAGAGGAAAGAACGCGAGAAUUGGGAAAGAGUAUUUGGAAACCGUAAACACUCUGCGGUGAGAGAUGCGGUGCGGUGAGGGACGAGAGUGUUGAGCGUUCAAACACUUUAGAAAAUCCAAAUGUUGGCUCUACAGUUCGGCUCUUUCGCACCUGUACAGUGCGCGCGGCUUUGUGCCUUCUCGAGGUGUUAACGAGAGCUCGGAGUGAUUACAGCGAUCGGAAUCGCGGCAAGAAACUUCUCGUGAUAUCGCUGGAGGUUGGAUAAACAUCAAAGGCAAAGCUUCGUGUUGUAAAAUACACCUCGUCGAGCUUGAAAGAAGAAGAAAGAGCGAGGAAGAUUGUCGUAUUCGUCGGUCGGAAACUGCGUACGCGACAAGUCCCACACCGAUCCGAUCCGACAACGGAACGGGGUCGGUCCCAGUUCCGAACGAUCGGCUUCCGGUGAGCGUCGGAUUUAUCCUCGGGCUGUUGCUGAUCGCGGAAGCGUGAAACUUUGUCGCGUGCACAUCCGCUUUUUAUACAUUCAAUAACAACAAGGUGAUUGUGAUGUAAGAGAUGCGUUUCGGUGAUAUCGCGACAAUCGCGAUAGCCCUUCUCAUUUUUGGGCAAGUCCAGGAGUCACGACGGACGAGGGUGGUCGGGGCAAUGGUGGUCGGCGCGGCCGUCUGCAGCCGUAUUCCAGGAUUGGCAAAAAGCCAACGCGAGCAGUGCAAAAAAGCGCCGCACGCCAUGCCAGCGGUGGGCGAAGGUGCCGCAUUGGGUCUACGCGAGUGCCGGCACCAGUUCCGACAUCACCGUUGGAACUGUUCCCACGUGUCCAGCGAUCAGGUCUUCGGCCACGUGGUGGUAGUGGGUAGUAGGGAGGCAGCUUUCACGUACGCGAUAAGUUCGGCCGGUGUCACGUAUGCGGUUACCGCAGCUUGUAGUCGUGGCAACCUCACCGCCUGCGGUUGCGAACCUGCCGUAAGGACGAGGAAGGAAUUACCGCCGAACGGCUGGGAAUGGGGCGGUUGCAGCGCCGACGUCACGUACGGAAUGAGGUUCGCGCGUAGGUUUCUGGACGCGAGGGAGAUCGAAGGAGACGCUCGGAGCUUGAUGAAUCUUCACAACAACAAAGCCGGAAGAAAGAUCGUUAAGGCUCAUCUGCAAACGGAGUGCAAAUGUCACGGCGUGUCCGGAUCAUGUACCGUGAGAACGUGUUGGCGAACGUUGCCGAGUUUUCGCCAGAUCGGAGACGCGCUCAUGAAGAAAUAUUACAGGGCCAGACCCGUCAUCGCUGUUACACCGCCACCUCCGUCCACGGAUCAGACACUGGACGCGAUGUCGCAUUCCGCGUCGGCGGAAAUGGUACCUAUAUUGGGCAACGACGCCAAAACUCAAGGCAAGCCGAACGAUCUCGCCAAGUCGCGGCACGAGCCCUCGAAGAAGUCCAGCAAGUCGCGGAAGCCGCAUUUGGUCUUGAAAAAGACGAAGGUCAGCGGUGGUCCGGGCAAAGGAUUGAAGAGGAUCCCGAAGAGGAGCGAGCUGGUCUACCUGCAAUCUUCCCCCAACUACUGCGAGCCGGAUUUGGCGCAGGGUAGUCUUGGCACACAGGGCAGAUACUGCAAUCGUACGAGCAAAGGAACCGAUGGAUGCGAUUUAAUGUGCUGCGGUCGUGGUUACAACACGCACCAAUUCACGAGAACGUGGCAGUGCAAAUGCAAGUUUCACUGGUGUUGCCGUGUGCAGUGCGAGACUUGCACGGAACGUACCGAGGAAUACACUUGCAAAUAACGCUAUUACCGACAUACGAUGUGUAUAUAUUUACGAAUACCAUCUUUACCGACGAUAAAGUCUAUCUUCGAGAAAGCGGGAGAAAUGACACGCGAGAAACAUGCGAUCUCAUAUACAAUAUAUAUGUCAUUAUAUACAAAAGCGAAGCAAAAUAUAUAAUAAUAAUAAUUGUGUAUCGAGUGAUAUUAUUGUUGUUCGAUUCGAUCGGGAUUGAUUUUGUAAAAUUCUUAGCGCCUUUUCGUGACAUCGAGUAAUCACGAGAUUACAAAUGUCAGAUAAAAAUAAAUUUAAAUAUCAUUUUAGAUACCGAAUUCUCUUAUCUUAUAGAGUUUCAUACUCGCCUGUUACUUUUUAUUUCUACUGUUUAUUAUUAUAUUUUAGGCCUUGAUGCUUCAUAUAUAUUGACACGAUCAUGCUGUAGUAAAUAAGCAUAUUUAACAUUAUAUUCGCUAUGUACAUCGAUAUGCGAAUACGAUUCAACAAGAAUACAUAGUUUAUAAGUAGUUUACGAAUGUUCUCUUAAAAUUGUAGCGUAAAAAUAGAUUGUUCUCUAAAUCAAUAUUAAAAGGCAAAUCUCCUUCUUCUCCUCCUCAAAUUAUCGUUAUAAGCUUUCAAAAUAUAUACUUUACAUAGGAAUAUAUUUCAUAAAU